AUGUCGGCAUCCACAGCUCCUCCUUCUAUGCCAACUGCUUGUGAGGGUAAACAAUCAGUACUGUGCAUGAUGGACGAAGCAAUCAUUUACGCAUUGGGUUUGAUUGUUGUGCUUUCAUCAAGGUUAUAUCUAGCAGCCAAAGGUUUGGCAAGAAGAUGCAUGCUGUUUGUUUUUGCACAAGUUGAAUUGCCCGGCCCUGAUGAGAAUGACGUGAUCACGGGUUCACGUGACCUUGGUUCAAGAGAAAUUUUCGGUGUUCGCACACUCUUUCUUCCUUCCCCACCAGCUCUUCUGUUCGCUCUCUUCGCUCAUUGGUCGCCACGCACCCUCUUCCUGGCCUGUCUCACCCUCACGGUCCUCUUGUGCCCCUACCACUCCUCUGCUUGUUCACAGACUUCAAGUCUUGCUUUCAGAUGGCAACCUGCAAUCCGCGCCUUAGCCGCUUAG